UUGGGACUGCAGUCACGCUUUGAAAUGUCAAUUCAACCAACCCCGUCGCUGAACGCCCAAUAUUCAUCAACAGUCUACCAGAUUCUAGCCCUGACAUGUCUCACCGAGGCUAUUUAAACCAGGAGCCGGCAGAAGUGCGUUUCCCACUGCAAGCCUAGCCGAGCUGACAGCACUUUAUGUAUAGACAGAAUUGAACUUAUGUCGUGUAUAUAAUAUAGAAUUGUACUUAUAUUUAUUUAGAUUAGACAAUUAUGGCAGAAAACUGUCUUAGCAACUCUGCUGAUAAUGAGAAAUUGGUCCGACCGAAAGUGCAAUUACAAACUCUGCUACAACAGGCAGGUGCAGAGAAGGAUGUAUUCACAAUGAAAGAGGUGAUGUAUUACCUGGGUAAGUACAUUGUGAGGAAGCAGCUGUACGACCAGCAGCAGCAGCACAUAGUGCGCUGCGGAGGGGACGCGCUCGGAGCCGUGCUGGGGGUCGAAACUUUCUCGGUGAAAGAGCCACGAAUCCUGUUUGCAAUGAUUACAAAGAACCUAACCGCAGUAAAAACCCCAGCUACAACAGAAUCUCAACCUGCACUUUCUCAACGAGACAGCCAAAGUGAACCAGAAGUCGACAGAUCAGAGGACUCGGACUCAAAUGCAACUACCUCAUCGCGCAGAAGAAGACGAAGCAGUGACCCUGCGGGGUCGUCUACACAGGACGACGAGCCACGAGAGCGAAGGAAGCGCCACAAGUCAGACAGCCUCUCUCUGACCUUUGACGACAGCCUGUCCUGGUGUGUGAUCGGCGGUCUCCGCAGCAUCCGAAGGAGCAGCGAGUCUUCGGACUCCCACAGUAAUACUGAAGUAGGUAUAUCGGUUAGUGACGAGUCAGACGACAGCCACAGCGAAGACUCGGACUCCGACAAUUUCAGCGUGGAGUUUGAGGUGGAGUCCAUCGACUCGGACGCGUACAGCGAGCACGACGAGGCGUCCGUGACGGGCGAGCACGACGAGGUCUAUGAAGUCACCAUCUUUGGACCCGAGGAGGAGGAAGACUUUGAUGAGGACACGGAGAUCACUGAGGCUGACUAUUGGAAGUGCCCCAAAUGUGACGAGCUCAACCCACCUCUGCCCCGUAAUUGCAACCGCUGUUGGACGCUACGCACUGAUUGGCUCCCUGAAGCCGAAAACCCAGCCGCACCUGGCGACACACCUGCAAGUGAUCCUGCCUCCGACACCAAGACCCUUCCCCCGAAACCCACCCCGACGGACACCGAGGAGGGUCUGGACGUGCCCGAUGGCAAGCGCGCCCCACCUCGCUCGCCCCCCACCAAAGAGGACGCCUCGGUGACCGCACCGUUGUCGGCGUCCCUCCCGGACUCGCAGAGCUCCGCCUGCUCCCAGCCGUCCACGUCCUCGGCGGCGACCAGCAGCGUGCCCUCCAGCCAGGAGGAGGCGCCGGAGCUGGAGCGCUUCAACAGCCUGGAGAGCUGCCUGCCCGCCAGCUGCCUGGAGCCCUGCGUCAUCUGCCAGAGCCGGCCCAAGAACGGCUGCAUCGUGCACGGACGCACCGGCCACCUCAUGGCCUGCUACACCUGCGCCAAAAAGCUCAAGAACCGCAACAAGCUGUGCCCGGUGUGCCGUGAGCCCAUCCAGUCCGUCGUGCUCACCUACGUCAGCUGAGGCCAACACACACGCAUGCACACACACGCACAUCUACAUCUUACCUCUUCACCUGGUUAAUUAUAAUAAAUAAAUUCUGUGCACUGCACAAAUACAGAUGUGUCUUAAUUUAGUCAAUUAUAAUAUUUUUUUAAUUUAUGAACUGCAUAGUACAUUCACAAGUUAAGCGAGGUUUGUUUUUUCACGAGGUGUAUAAUGUUAUUGCACAGUAACACAGUUAAGGGUGGGGUGUAUGGGACAGGAUCUGAUGAAAGUGUGAUGGUAAAUUAUGUAAAUUGUUAUAGGGUUUAUAUGAUUAAGUCCUAAUAUUUAUCAUCUCAGAGUGACGAUGUCAUUAAUAAACUAAUGGAUUUGGCAUGAAUAUGCAAAGAUUUUUAGCCUAUACUGUCAAUGUUGUACAAAUGCUGUGCCUAGUUUGGAAUACUCACAAGCCAAACACUUCUGCUAACAUAUAUUACAUUUAAGACCAGUUCUCUAUUAGAAACACGGACACAUUAGGUGCCCAGGCUGUAUUACAAAAAAAAAAAAAGUAAGAAUGAGGGGCUUGAAAGCCGUAUUAAAACAGGAGCCUCUCUGCUCUGACAAGUUGGCUGAAGAGCGCUCGUUUACUGGCGUUGCCGUGUGUUGGUAGAUCCUUGUGCAUUCGUUGCCUAGAGAGUGCUCUUGUCACUAAGGAGCCCACUUUUUCAUUAAGUCUCAGGAUAACAUGCCUCGGCCUGUUCUGUCAGGACCCCCCUCAUAGCAACACACACACACUCACACAAACGCGACAUUAUCGCUACUACCCAAAAUCCUUUGUCUUUGAGAAAACACUGAGCACUUUAGCUGUGGAGUUUCUGGAGAGAGUAAAUGUAGCAGAAUGCAUACAAGGAGACUUCCCCCCUCCCCCUCUGGCUAUGUUUUUAUGUCAAUGUAGUGUGGGUUUUAAGGUAUAUACUAUAGUCUGAUCAACUGCAAAAUUGAAUUAUUGUGUUGUUUUGCUUGUAUGUCGCUUUGGGCAAAAAAGCGUCUGCUAAGCAACAUACCUCUAACCAUAAGGUGAUCUGGAAGAAAUGUACAGUAUAUGUUCUCAAUGAAACAUGUAGGCUAAUAGUUUAGCUUAAAGGCAGAAAUGGGUUUUAAUAGUUUGCUGAUAUUUUGCUUUGGAUAUGUUUUUGGUUUGUGGUUUUUGGAGUUUUGAAAUGUGCUUAAUUGUUUGGAUACUUCUUUGUUUUUUAAUGUAUGCUUUACCCAGUCAUGUCUUGUGAGCAGCGACGACCAGGCAGUGAAACCAGUUCUCCUGUUUUAAUUUUCUUGCCAAUGCAUUAAUUUCCAUAAAUGUCUCUCCAUGUAUUGAAUGUAGUUCUGUAGACUAGAGGGUGCUCUGUCAACAUGCACUGAAACAUUUAUUUCACCCUGCAUAGUAAAAUGCUCACUGUCCAAA